AAAUGGCACGAGUCCCCAGUGUUGACUCAAACGUCUGGAUAAGUCAGGAUCACUGACCACAUGAAAGGGGACAUGUACACUGGAUUGGAGUGCGCUAUUUGUUACCUGACCUACAAUGGAGGACGCCGGUGUCCGCGUGAGCUUCACUGUAAACACACCUUCUGUGAGAGCUGUCUACUGGCGCUGUCCCGCGCUCCGGCGCACAGCGAGGCGCACAACGAGGCGAGCCGCGGGCCGGACCGUCCGGACAGGGCGAUAGUCUGCCCGCUGUGCCGGCACACCACCUCCAUCUCUGGCGAAGAGCAGAUCAGAGCGGAGCUGAGGGUGGAUGAGUGCGCCAUGGAGCAGCUGCUGGUGACCGGGGUGCUCCUGGAGACGGAGGAGGAGUUACCGGAGGAGAGCCGUCAAGACCCGGAGGAGGAGCGGACACCGUGCGAGAGCACAGCCGAGGACAGCGACCUGUCAGGCGGCAACAGCAGAAGCUCGCUGCGGCGGACUUUGAGAAAAGUUUGGAAGAAAAUAAGUGGAAAAAAUUCGCGACAGACCGCAAAUGACUCCACAGAUAUGUCCGCUGAUGACAUGAGGAACUUCGCCUUGAUGGCCUGCUACAUGUUCUGACCUCCUCCAUGUUCUGACCUCCUCGGACUCUGACUCCUGAACAAUGUGACCCCGCUUGACUCUCACUCAAAAGAACUGAACUGGUAGAGCGAGUCAGCAAGACUACUGAAUAGGCUUAAUGAAGUCGGUGUUUGUUUGUGAAAUUAUAUAACGCACAUGUGAAUUUACAAUGCCUUUUUACUGUUGUCUAUUUAACUUUAUAUAUUUAAGAAAACAAUAAAUAAGUUAUUUUA